AUGGAAAAGAAAUAACAGUGUGGUUAAGAUAUUUUAAGGUCCUUAUUGAGCAAAAGGACUUCUAUCGAUGUUAGUUCAUAUGAAACUCCUUCUGUAUAUUUAGACAUGGGUAGAUUAAUAUAUUAUUUAAGAUUAGAUUGUUCAUAAGACAUUAAACAGUACAAUUUUGUCAAUAGAAUUUUGA